ACAGGAUUCUGUUUGAUGGCCAAAGUGCUGAAAUGUGCUGAUUUUUCCAGCCGGCGGCAUUGAAAAUGAAUGCUGGAUAACAGUAAUAGUACGCCAGUGUUGGCCUGAUCCUGUCUCCACAGUUGCAUGCAAUGCCGUUCGGCAUUUUCGUAGUCUCCCGCUUGGUAUUCUCUGUGAGCUAGCUCUAGCAGACCUAAAUGACACAUAAAAGGGAAUCUUAACAAAUUGUACAAUGUGUUCGUUUAAGGUCACGCAUCUACUCUUAGAUCACGUGACUCUAUUGGGUUACAAAGCAAUUUAAUGAUCCAGGAGUAGGAAGAUAUAUGAAAGGAACAAGUGCAGCCAUGUUGUCUACUAGAGAAAAUGGGGCCCCCUUUUUUUUUUCAACCAAUUUGAUUGGAGUUUUUUUAAAUCGCUAAUUAAUUAAUCGAUCACUUACCAGCAGCAUUAGCGGUAUUUGUCUCGUUCAUUUUUAUAAUGAUUUGUGUGGAACUUAUCAUAGAGCCGUCGUUUUGCAAAUUCACGUUAUUUACAGCGACCGAUUGGCCCUGCAUAAUCAAUCUAACGACACUCGAUGCCGGUAUUCGAAAUUUAAAUAAAAAUGCAGCAUAAACAGUUCUCAAAAUUUCACAGACAAACUAAUGAAUGGAAUUUUCCACUCCACUAUUCUCAACACAAAAUGGCUGUCCUUUUAAAGGUCUCACAAUGUUGUCAAAUAUAUUCAAAAUUCUCAAAAAUCAUACCAAUUUGAUUGAAGUAAUUAACAAAAAAUAGCCUUAUAAAAAUUGUUUUGGCAACAUUGAACAAUGUCAUUGAGGCCAUCUAUGAUUUGCAAAUAUUACUAUGAACAAUUUAUUUGUAAUUUGUAAAUUCUUCAAAAUUGUAGUAGUAUUUUGCUAAAUAAAUCAUAAUUAAUAAUUAUUUUAGAUUUAAAUCCUUCCAUUUAAUUUGAUUCAAAUAUUUUGUUUCUCCAUUUUGCCUUGUAAGAUGUCCGUAAGGUAGAUUCCUGUUUUAAUAUCGGUUAAAAAGAUUCCUUUUAUUUUAAAUUAAAUUAAAAUGCACCAAAAACCUAAAACAAAAAAUAAAUUGAAUUUGUUAAUAAUUAACAACAAUUUAAAGUAGUUUUUUCUAAACAAAUAUUCUAGUUAUUAAAUUAUACUACGUCACUCUGUCAGAAUUACCACCUGACAAACGUCAAUCACCCACCAGACAGAGUUUUUUGUUGUUGAUAUUUCAUAUGCGAUGGAUUUCGAUCCGCCUUUAUUCCAUAUGUACUUUUCCAAUUAGCGCUUAUAUCAUUCAAUUUCGAGUCAAUUUUAAUAAGGAAACUCGUACGAUAAUUAUUAUGACGAUAACGCGAAAAUUGUCGAAGGAAUUCGUCCUAAAAUACUCUCGAACAUCAAAGAAUAUGUAGUAAUAAAAUGUCCUCGACGAGUGAUCAUUUGAAAACCGAGGUCCAGCAGGACCAUCCCUCGGACAUCAUGGACGAGGAACAAGUUCAAUUGUCUUUGGAUCCGAAAUUUCAGGUUUACCUGGCUCAGAUGUCCAGGGAAUCGGGAUGUUGGACGAAAUUUUUUCCAAUUCCCUUUGAGAGGGCCUCUCAAAAAUCCUGGUGGGAUCCAACUUUUGACUCGGAAAUACUCGAAGAUCAGUACAAAAAAAGCGCUUUUCCGCACAACAGAUUCAAAUUCAGAUACGCCAUUUGUUAUACAAUUUUUAUAUCAGCGAUAUUAUUAUUCUACACUUCGUACAAAGGAUUUUUUGUACAUCACAAAACUGAAUUUUCCUCUAUACUCUUCCUUAUACUCCUUUUGUACAACAUAUUUAUGUUACUUUUAACGUAUACCACAAUCUUUCAAAGACAUUUCUACGUAAUUUCGGUAUUAUACGCCAUCAGUUCGGUCAGUUUCAGUCUGACCCUACUGAUCGUGACGCACAAAGGCUCCUUUUGCAAUUGCAUCCAGUUGUUGAUAUUAAUUUACACUUUGAUACCCAUGAAGCUUUACAUGGCCUUAACUUUGACCAUUAUUUAUUCGAUUGCAUUCGAAAUACUUGCCAGCAUGUGGACUGAAACGUUUAUAACGGUUUUUACAAAGAUUCUAAGCCACGUGGCCGUACACAUUAUAGGGUUGCACAUUUAUUUGAUGAGCAAUGUGCGAAUGAGGCAAACUUUCAUGAAAGUCGGACAAAGUUUGCUAGUUCGUAGACAAUUAGAGCUGGAAAAGAGGCUGAAAGAAAACAUGAUUCAUUCGUUGAUGCCUCCCAGUGUGGCUCAUUGGCUUUUGUAUGAAAACAUCGAAACGAGACGUCCUUCGGGGGACUCAAUGGAAAACAACGACCUAAAAUCUUUAUUCAGGCCCUUCAACAUGGACACCAUGAAUAAUGUUAGUAUUUUAUUUGCGGACAUUGUGGGGUUUACUAAAAUGUCGUCAAACAAAAGCGCUGAAGAAUUGGUUGAGAUACUCAACAACUUAUUUCAACGUUUUGAUGACCUUUGCAAAAAUAAUUAUUGUGAAAAAAUCUCCACUUUGGGUGACUGUUACUAUUGUGUAUCGGGUUGUCCUAAGCCUCAACCAGACCACGCCCUGAAUUGUGUAGAAAUGGGAUUGAGCAUGAUCGAAGCAAUCAAGCAUUUUGAACAAGAAAAACAUGAAGGCAUCAAUAUGAGAGUGGGCAUUCAUACUGGGACAGUCUUGUGCGGAAUUGUAGGCACCAGACGGUUCAAAUUUGACGUUUGGAGUAACGAUGUUAGUUUGGCCAAUAAAAUGGAGAGUACGGGCAAACCCGGGAUGGUUCAUAUAUCCGAGAAGACUUGCAUGUUUUUGAAUGGGAGGUAUUUUUUGGAGGAGGGAGAAUGUGUGUUAGGCAUAAAUACCUACUUCAUUGUCGGUCGUAAGCCGGACAAUUACCACGGCAGUUUUCGGGCCGAAGGCAGACAAAAAUACUCCAACUCGUUGCACUUGUUUGUGUCUCCGCCUUCUUCGACUGUGUCGCUGUCGCCUCAUUCCAGGCCUCGCGUGUUGUCUUGUGACACUACACACUUGAAAACGCCUCAAAAUCGUAAUUUCUUGUCGCCGGAUUCUUGUAUUAUGAAAGCGAGCAGUUUACCCAGUAUUUUAGACUCGGAAAACGAACAAGAUCCACCAGAGGGUUCGACAAAAAUCGAGCAAUCGAUUAAAACGCCCACAUCAACCGCCAGUUCGGGCAAGUACAAAUUCAAAAACUGGAAAAUCCCAAAGUUUAUCCAGCCCCAUCGUAAAACCAGCACCGCUAGCAGUAAACCGGACAUCGAUAUCGACUUUGUCUCUGGAGCUACGGACAUAAGCGAAGAAGGCGGAUAUCAGCAAGUGCCUACCAUUAUAGAAUCGAACGGAAUCAAAAAGAAGGAUUCCGUAACUACCCUGACAUCGAAUAAUUAUAAGUACGAGGAGCCAGACAAUAGUAUCGAUAUAAAGUCGUACAUUAGUCAUUCGAGGAGCGAUAUUGGGGCUUUCGACUUUUCCCCCACUCCUGAAUUCACUAGAGGAGGAAGCUACAAAAGUCAAUUUGGUCGCUCUUUGAACGGCGACUUCGCGGUGUUGAAUCGUGCAGGUAGUAACCGGUCUAGACGCGGCAGAUCGCCCAACUUGGAAAGUCUGGUACCUUUGGAAAGAGCACGCAGCGCCACAGUGACGGACGGCAAUUUGGUGCGACACAAACGGUCGUUUGAGGUACCCAGUAGAUUGUCCAGCAUUGCGAUGCUGGAUGACUAUUCCAGCCACAGCAGGAAGGAUUCAGGAAUUAGGAGUAACAGUCGGAGGAGUAGUUUACAGAUUGAUAACCGACUCCUAAACCAAGAAAUGCUCCAGCACAGAGUCUCCGGUUACUACACCUCGAGCCAAAGCUCGAUGGCAUCGCAACUACCCCCUAAACCUUCACAACAACCAAAUCAAGGCGCCUUUUUCGACAAGUACGGGACCUGCAUUCAAAAUUUACGGAAACAAAGCGACCGGCAGCUGAUCAAGUGCGUCCAGGACAAUUCCAAGUCUCAAAGUAGCUACUUCAUCAAGCCGCCGCUGAGCCGUUGGACUUUGUUUUUCAAAGACCAAAUUAUGGAGCAAGAUUAUCGGGCUAAUGUGCAUCGAAUAGUGCCCAAAAUCGACACGAUUGAUACGUUGGCGAAUUCGCGGUUUAAUACUUGGGUUGAUGUUUUGGUGUCGAUUUUUACUUUUUUGAUUGUUUCCGUUUCGCUGGCUAUUGUUUAUGGUGUAAACGUUAUGUGGCUGGUGACGUUUUUUGUGGCGUCAUUUUUGCAGGUUUUGAAUUUAGGUUUAUGCGUUGUACCUAUAGUACGUUGGUUGGACAAGUUGUGUUGUUUUUUUGGUAGGUUUUACCGUUGGAAUUUGUUUGGGGGCAUUCUAAUAUCGCUACCGUUGAUUUUAGCUUUGAUUAAUAUAAUUAAUUACGACUAUAAUCAUUUGGAAGUUUACCCGAUUUUUGUUGGUUUGGUGCACUUUUGUAAUUUUACCCAAUUGAAUUGCUGGAUGAAAAGCUCCCUGGCUACAAUAAUUAGUUUGAUUUUCAUUGUACAUCAACCUCUAGAUAUUGUUGUGAAUUUUUUAUCGAUUCUAAUUUUGGUUUGGUUGUUGAACCGAGAAUUUGAAAUAGGCUAUAGGUUGAGCUUUCACACAAACUAUAUAGCUAGUCGUGACAAGAGCCGGGUACAAUACCUAAAAAAUCAAGCCGAUUAUUUGAUUUACAAUAUAGUACCUGAGCAUGUUGCUGAGCAACUCAAAAAGGAAGCCAAAUAUUCUGAAAACUUCAAAAACGUUGCCAUAAUUUUUGCCAGCAUUGUAAACUUUAAUGAAAUGUAUGAUGAAAGUUUCGAAGGUGGCAAAGAGUUUUUGAGAGUCCUCAACGAGCUUAUUGGAGACUUUGACGAGCUCCUAGACAAGCCAGAGUUUAAUUGUAUAGAGAAAAUUAAAACUAUUGGUUCAACUUUUAUGGCUGCUAGUGGCCUCAAUUCAUCCAAGCGUUCUCAGCAGCAAGACCCAAACGAACAUUUAUACACUCUAAUGAAUUUCGCCAUUGCGAUGCAACAAGUUGUAGAAAUUUUCAACCAGGAUCUCCUAGAAUUUAACCUGAUAAUUCGCAUUGGGUACAAUUUUGGAGACGUAACAGCUGCAGUUAUUGGUAAUACAAAACUGUAUUACGACAUUUGGGGGGAUGCUGUCAAUAUUGCUUCGCGCAUGGACAGUACAGGAGUUAAUGGCAGGAUUCAAGUUGGAGAAAAUUGUUUGAAUAUCUUGGAGAAUCGGUUCGAGUUUGAGCAUAGAGGGUCGGUGUAUGUUAAAGGUAAGGAUAAUAUGGAUGUUUAUUUGUUGAAGGGGCGUAAGGAGAGUUAGUCGAAUUUUUUGUUGAUUUUUUUUUUUGUGGAAAUUUUAUUGUUUGUUCGAUGGUAUUUUUAAGAGGUUUUAUUGUUUUGAUGAUGACAUUGUUUUACCUUUUUUGCUCAUAGAUUUAAGUAGUUGCUUUUUUAUGCUAGUUCUCCCCAAAACUUGCAAAAAUUAACGUCACUUCUGGACCCUGGCAAGAUUUUCUAAUUUAUGGUGUUAGUUUUGACCAAAUAAAGUCAAUCAAGGGAUAUAAUAUUCACUCAGUUUUGUAUUAUGUAAAGAUAAAAUUUUUAAAAGUCGUAAUUACGUUUACACCAUAAAAACAAAAUUAUUGACCAUUUUACAUCGAUAUUAAGACCAUAAACUGUGAUAAUACCUAUAUAAUUUUUGUGUAUCACCAAAGAAACUUCUAUUUAUGUUGUGCUUUUUACUUCUCUCCUACACUGGUAGUUGAAAAAAAAAACAUUUAUUAUUUUCUUUUAGGAUAACUCUGUGAUAAGUUUGUUUUGUUGCAUUUUUAUUUUGAUAUUAAUUUAGCUGAAUAAUAUGAUGGUAGCUUUAACCGGCUUGUUCCUAAUAUAUAUGAAAAAAUAAAAAUUAUUUAUAUAAACUAUUGUAAUAUUUAGAGGGUCCAAACUGAUAUGUAAUAAAACAAUUUUUUAUAUUUAUUAUAAAUGUUUAAUAAUAAUUGUAAUAGAGAAACUCGAGUGAUUUUAUUUAAAUUUUUAGUGCAAUAUCAGUUUGUUCAAUUUGUUACCGAUUUAUUAUUUAUUGUACAUAAUUAUUUUGUGGAUUGUUUUAACAUACAAAAACCCGUCCUUUAAUAAAAAAAAAUAUUUUAUUGAAUUAACAAUUAUCUAAGGGUUUUUGUUUUAUUUAUCCAUAAAAACGCAUCUUUUUCGUUGUUCAUAAUUGAGCACAAUAUAUUAAAAAAAUUAUUGCUUAAUCUAAUAAAGCGUGUCUAAUACUAAUUUUCAAAUAAAUGUAUACAGCACCUUGAUUCCAAACCUAUUAGAAGAGCUAGAAGUAAACUUAGUCAAUUUGGAGAGUGUUACAUUAUUAGAGAAAUUGACCAAGUUUACAAUAAAAUAAUAUCAAAAGAUCCACACCUAUAUCACAGCAAUUAAUUUGGGUAAACUUUGUUUAAAGGAAAGAUAUAUUAGCUAUAUUUCUUUCGCAAAUUUUCUAAAAUCUCACUCUGAUAAUAAUCAUGGUUUCCUUUAAACAAAAUUUGAGCCAAUAAUAAUUAAAAAUGCCUACUUACUUAAGUAAUGUACAAAUUGCUACUUACGUCAUCCAUAAUCUACAGAUCUAUUUUUACACCUCCAAACCUGGUACAGUACCAAAAAUUUUAGGCGUUUCAGUUCUGGUAUGCCACACGUAAACUUUGGUGCACAAAUCGGCCAAAGCCUCCAGAUCCUCUUUCGUGGUGAAAUAACCUAAAAACUCGCUUUCCUGCAAACCUUUGGCCAUUUCGUAGGAAAAAUUGGCUUCUUUUUUCGUUAGGAUUAGGUCCAAGUUGAUGGCGAAUCCUGCCAUAUCGAUGGCGAAUGGACGGUUAGGUAACCAACCGCUUUUAUAACCAGUUACUUUACCU